AAAAAAAAUUUCUAUUCGAAAUAGAUAACGUUCAUUCCGUCCCACUUUUUGGAUCAAUAAAUUAUAUUUUAUAUUCAUGUGGAGUUCACAUGUUUCACAUGUUUCACAUGUAGAUUAAAUUUUAUUAGUGGUCCUUAUAUUUUGAUACUCAUUAUACGAAAAUGGCUAAGGCAGGAAAAAAGGUUUCUGACCAGAUAUCGGAAGCAGCUCAGGUCGCGGAUGUGAUUGGCACUCCCAUACAAUUUUCACAGAAAUGCAAGAGAAUUAUAGAAGCAAUAAUAAGUGACUUGAAUGUGUGUGAUAUGAAAUGGAGUUUAUUCGUAACCGCGGUACAGAACAGUGACAAUUAUAAAAGAAUGUUGCCAUACCUGCCUGGAUUUGUAAAAAACCAUACACAUUUAAUGACGUUAAUAAACGAUGUUCCCUAUAUGUAUGAGUUGUACAGCAGAUUAUUGAAGCAAACCAGGUCUUGUCAAAAAUUCUCAAUUCUGUUAGUCCAUUGGGUACUUUUCGAACUAAAUUUGCCAACAUUUCAAAGUCUCUCUGGUGAAGAUAUUAACGAACUCCUGACUAAAUUACCUCAAAAUCAUGCGUCUGAUAAGCCUACUCACAUAUUCAAAGUCAACUAUGAUGAAACGAGUGAGGAAGAAAAAUUAUUUAAGGCAAGAACCGGUUAUUACCCGACAAAGCAUACCUUUUUUGGUUGCGCAACUGAUAAUUUAUUUGAAAUACUAAGUGGAGGCUUUAAGGAGUAUAGGGACAGUGGUAAUAAUGGAAUACCAUUCAAUAGUGAGUGUACACGUGUAAAGAAUGAUACUCCCAGAACACCAUGUUCCGACAAUAAUUCAACCAUGGGUGAAUCCUUUAAGGCUGUCGCAUUAUGUGAAUUUAUAGAAAGAAAGGAAUACAUUCAUAGCAGGUCGCAGGACAAAGACUCUUAUAUACACAUACAUAUUCCAGAUAUGAUUCGCAUCCGCUAUGUCUUUUUUUAUUGUGAAAAUGUGAAAGAGAUCGUAGAAGAGCUCGACCCUAUAGAAGAAAAUGUGAUUGAUAAAUUUUGGAAAAGUAGUUACUUCUUACCAGUGACUGGGUGUGCUAUAGCGGUUUCAGUGCUUGCGUUCAUAUACAGAGAAGAUAUCAAGAAGGUCCUGUAUUCAAUUUCUGACGUACAAAUGAAGAAUAUAAAAGCUCUUGUGUCGCGCGUUUGUACUCCUUCCGACUCUCAUUUUUAAACACUUUUUGGAAAUAAAUUUUUAUUGAUGUGAUUGGUUUUUUAAUAGUGGGACAAGUAAUAAAUAAUAUUUUGUUGAUUGAA